UCAUGAAGCAAAAUUCACGUCCAUAAUGCAAACCAUUAAGGAGGCCGAGAUUAAUUUACUGAGGGGUGUAGACCCUACUGAUCGCCACAUCCUACGCUAUAUGCCUUACACAUAUCUAAUGAGUGAGGAUGUUGAUAAAUGGACCCAGUCACAGGAUGGUGGAAGACGUUACGGGGCAAUGACAACCAAUAUCUCUGAGUGUUUUAAUGGGGUACUUAAAGGUGCCCGCGGUUUGCCCAUUGCUGCAAUGGUUGAGUUCACAUGGUCCAAACUUGUUGCAUAUUUCUACGAUCGACAUGAAAAAAUUCUUUUUGAUCUCUCUCAAGGUAAGGUGUGGAGUGAUUAUGCAAUGAAGAUCUAUAACAAAAAUGAGCAGAAAACUGCAGGACACACUCUGAGGAAUUUUAAUCAUGAAAUUGGUGUAUAUCAAGUGGUUACCCCGUAUAACGAUCAUAGAGGUGGAGGGGGAAACCACAGUCAUGAAGUGCAUGUAAUUGAGCAAACAUGUGGUUGUGGGAAGUGGCAAAACUUGAAGAUCCCUUGUUCACAUGCAAUUAAAGUUCUUAAAGGUCUGCACCUCGAUGCGACAAGCUAUAUUGACCCAUGUUACAGUUUGAACAACGCCAUUCAGACAUAUUCACAUCAUUUUGUGGUGCCAAAAUCAGAGUCAUUGUGGAGGGAUGUUCGCGGACCACGAUGGGUGCCUAACCCACAGCUGUUGCGGGGCAAAGGUCGUCCUGUGAAGUCAAGAUUAAGGAAUGAAAUGGAUGGGAUACAACGAGAACGGGGAAGCCAGAGGGAAGAUCCGGACUUGAGAGAGAUUCAACCAAGGCAACGAUGUGGAGUGUGUCAUCAAGAGGGGCAUAACCGCAGAUGCUGUCCCAAUUCCCAUGGCGCUUCGACAAGUGGUAGUGCUGCAAACUAGGCGAGCGGAGACUGGAUUUUUGAAUGGCAUUGUACGUGGGAGUUGUGGUUAUGUUCGGUAUGGACAAGUGCAGCAAAUUCUAUGUAGACUAUGUUGUAUCAGUAUGGAAAUGUUAUAGGUGACUAUGUAGAGUAUGUUGUAUCAGUAUGGACAAGUGUUAGACGACUAUGUUGUAUUGACUUAGUUUUUAUUUUGUUAAUUGCUAAAUAUUGUGCUAA